ACACACACAUUCACACAUGCAUACAUAGAGGAACAGACAGUGGAGAGCAGUCUGAGAGCAGCAGUCACAUUUUUCCCAAGCGUCUGACUGGAAGCUGCAAGGAAAUCACGUUGUAUCCAGUAUUUCAGAAGAGUACCGUGUCCUUUGUCUCAGUGGUCGGUGUUUCACGACUGCAUCAUUCUGCACUUUUAUCCAUUUUGUCCAUGUGCACUUCUGAAGUAAAGUUGUUGGUGAGACUCUCUUCUCUUGAGGGCUUCUAGAUGGUUUCCCAGGGAUGAAAACCACAUGAGGGAGUGACAACGCUCUGUUAUUUAGACCUUUGACAGGCGAGUGAUGCAUGCUGCAAACGGUGCGUGCGUGUAGUGUGAGCGAGAGCCAUCGGUGUAUGCGUGUGCUUGUGUUGCGUGUGUGUUUGACUGUAUGAGUGUGUGUGCUUGAAUGUGUGUUGAGAGAGCGAGAGAGAGCAAGAGCGAACGAGAGAGAGAGAGAGAGAGAGAGACGGAUAGACCGAGCCUCUAACACGGAGCAUGCCUCUGCGUCCGGCAGCCGGCAAACAUGAGCCACCGAGCCCUCCACGGCAGGACCAGCAGCAGCACACACACACACACUCACACACAAUCACACACCCUCACACACACGCAGCAAACGGCAGCCAGGGGGCCAGCACUGACAGCAGCAGCUCCCGGGAAGAGGACAGUGGCGUUCCCGUUCCUCACGGUGUUCCGGCUUUCCGUCCCAGUGCAGAGCGUAGCAACAGUGCAAGAGCACCCAUGGAGGAGCCAACAGGCAACACGGUGGUCAUCCGCAUUGGAAUCCCAGACUUGCAGCAGACGAAGUGUUUAAAAUUCAAUGUGGAUGCUCCAAUCUGGCUGUCCAAGCAGCGAAUCCUGUGUACUCUCAACCAGAGCCUGAAGGAUGUAUUAAACUAUGGCCUAUUCCAGCCGGCAUACAACGGCAGGGCUGGCAAGUUUCUGGAUGAGGAGAGACGGCUAAGGGAAUACCCCUUCCCAUCUAUUGCUCCUGUACCUUACCUUGAGUUCCGCUAUAAAAGACGUGUCUACACUCAGACCUACCUGGAUGAAAAGCAGUUGUCCAAGCUCCACACUAAGGUAAGCCCAAAUAGUCGUGCGGUUUUCUAUUCCACAAGCUUUUUGUUUGUGCAACCUUUUGAACGCAGUGAUACAGGUACAGUAAUACAGUAAUUAAAACACUGACUGGAUAGCAUAGUGGCACAGUGGGCCACUACAAGGAAAAAUUGUGUCCUUUUUUAUGUUUAGAUGGUGAAAGUAAUGAUGGAAGCAAUGAGUGUUGCCUAUGAAACUGGUCUACAUAUGUUAGAUUGAAAUCUUGCUGAAGCGAAGCAAAGCCAAGGAUCCAAAAUCAUGUUGAGACCAUUCAGUAAUGCCCACAUGCUUGUUCCGUGUUCUGUUUUUUCAGAUUUUCCUUGUACACACAUGUCUGUACAGACUAGAGAUGUCACAAGAACCAAUAUUUAGCUGUCCAAAGCCAUAUUUUCUGAAAAUAUGGCUAUUAUACUGAAAGUGCCAAAGGUAUGAUUGUGGUUCCAUAGUCUUGUGGUUUACACAUUUGCCUAACACAUAAAGUCCCUGGUUGGACACAAAUCCCUUCGGGGAUGUGUCAGGAAGGGCAUCCGGUGAAAAAAAAUCUGUCAAAUCAAAUAUGCGGAGCUAUCUGCUGUGUCGACCCUCUGUGAAUAAGGGAGCGGCUGAAAGAAGCUUUUACUAAAAGUACCAAAGGAAGCAUAUUAUAUCAUCAUGGGAAAUAGUGAGUGAACAUGCAAUUAAUAUAACAUGUGAAAACACACUAAGAGUAUAUAUAUUUUUCAUUUCAGACUGAUUCAUGCUGCUGAAAUGAAACAGAACAAAGUUACAGAGGCUUUAGUCAAGACGUAGCUAUGCAUUUUGCAGUUUGGCAUAUUUUGGAACCAUCUGUGAAAGUUGAUAUUUCUUAGGUAUUAAAUAGCAGAAAUUAGGCUUCCUUUUUAAAGUGUUUUUUGUAACAUAAAUAAAAGCUCAAAUUAAAAAGUGGACAACAAUGCUGUAUACAAUGGUA